AGUUAAAAACAUAGUAUUUCACUGAAACGUCACAUGAUCGAACAACAAUGGCGGCGUAAAUGUGCAUCGUUUUCAGAGAAGACACAAUUAAAGCGCCCUGCAGUAAAUGAGCUCAAAACCUAUAACGCGGAUCCGUUAUAACGCUGUUUCGCGGCUCGGAUCCCAUUGACUGCGCUAUAUUGGAGUUACAGUGUACAUACAUACAGCGUUCUCUGGAGGGUCAGAAGCUAAACAAAUUAACACUAAGAGUGAAGCAAGAUGGCACUGUCAAGGCAAAUCCGCUUCUACAUCUAUUUAAGCACUGCCCUGUCAUCAUGGGGUGAUCGUAUGUGGAUGUUUGGAGUAGGCAUGUUCAUGGUUAUUAUUGCACCAGACAAUCUACGUGUCACUGCGGUCUUUGGGCUCUCAAGUUGCGCAGCCAUGCUUCUGUUUGGGCCGUUGGUGGGCCACUGGGUGGAUAAAACCCCUAGACUUAGAGCUGCCCGAACAAGUCUGGUGCUCCAAAAUACAAGUGUGAUCAUUUGUGCCGGUAUCAUCUACGUCGUGAUCACCCUAAAGGCAAAGAUACAGACCACAUGGUCGAACGAGGGCCUGUUGUACCUCUGUUAUGCCAUCAUCAUUCUUAUUGCAAUUAUCUCCAAUUUGGCGAGCAUGGCCACAAAUAUUGCCGUCCAGAAAGAUUGGGUGGUGGAGAUAUGCUCUCGAGACAAACAAGUGUUGGCAACUAUGACAGCAACUUUGCGUAGAAUCGACUUAAUGAACAGCCUUGUGGCACCCAUAGCAACUGGGCAGAUUAUGUACUAUGCCUCUGCUGGCAUUGGUGCACUGUUCAUAGCCGGAUGGAAUCUAGUCUCAGUGUUUGUGGAAUACUUUUUGCUCCAGCAAGUCUACAAACUGUGUCCAACUUUGGCCAGAGACAAAACUGAUAAACCUAUUGAGGAAGAGGCACACGGAGCUGAGGAGCUUGUCGUGCUAAAAUCAAGUCCUGAAGAUGUGGAACUUCAUGAAGGCAAAAUCGUGGCUGAUGGACCAGACCAGAAUCAAUCCAAAACCAUGGUGACAGAGAGCCAAUCAGAACCCCUAAAUGAUAAAUCUACAAGUAAGGAAGUGAAGAAGAGCCCAGAGUUGGAUGUUAAACGAAAAACAGUUUGUCAGAAGAUGUUUUCUGGCAUUCUAAUACUGGUUCGAGGGUGGAAGAUAUACAUGGGCUACCAGGUGGCCUUUGCAGGUCUGGGUCUGGCCAGUCUUUAUAUGACAGUGCUUGGCUUUGACAAUAUAACUAUUGGUUACGCAUACACACAGGGUAUCAACGAGUCUAUAAUAAGCAUCAUAAAGGCAGUAGGUGCGGUAUCAGGAAUCCUUGGCACUCUACUGUACCCACUAUUUCGCAAGAGAAUUGGGUUACAGAGGACCGGGCUGCUGGGAUUCUUCCUUUUAGUCAGUUUCCUGUGUUUAUGUGUGGGCUCAAUUUGGGCUCCCGGAUCACCAUUUGACCCACUUUCAAGCAAACCACCAUCCCGGGUUUGUAAUGGUACCCAAGAUUUUCAAGAUUCCUCACUGACAAAUAACAAUACAAUCCCAAAGGUUGUUGUAUCUGCUAUUAACACUGCAAGUGCUACCUCAAAAAUGGAUUUAACCACCCUGGGAGGACCAGGUUACAAUGGUUCUGUGAUAUCGAAGAACCAGACAGGAAGUGCCAUCACUGGACAUGAAGUGCCAUGUACGGAGGCAGCAGGGUGGGUUCGGUUUACGUCGGUGGCUCUACUCCUGGCAGGCAUUACGGGAGCAAGAUGUGGACUGUGGAUGGCUGACCUGACGAUAACGCAGCUAUUUAUGGAAAGUAUUCGCGAAAAUGAGCGAGGCAUCGUGAACGGCGUGCAAACAUCCUUAAACACAAUGAUGGACAUGCUCAAGUUUGUUCUGGUGAUUGCUAUUCCGCAACCAGAGCUAUUUGGUUUCCUCAUCCUGCUCUCAUUCUCUUUCAUCUGUAUCGGCUGGAUGCUUUUUGCAAAAUAUUCCCACAGCGCACGAGGCCACUUGUUCCAUUUUGGAAAGUGCAGUGACCGGAAGAACAAUAAUGAUGCCAUGGCUGUUGCAACUGAUGCAAGCAAUUAAUGUGUUGCAGAUUUGAAGAUGUUUUUCAUGAGUUUUUAAGAUCAAGUUAUGAUCACUUGUUUUAAACUAUUUAUGAAAGCUUUUUUCUGUUUUACAUGUUUUUUUUAUAGAUAACUUUAACAUAUUAGUCUGUCUUGUUAAUUUUAUGAUACAUUUUUAAAGAUUUCUAUAUUGCCAGAAUUUCUUCUUCUACAUGUAGACAUGAUUUGUUAAUGUAAAAGAUAUUUUCACAGGGAGACAUAGAACAUGCUUUUACAAAGCAUGUCAUGGUCUUAUAUAGAAAUCCCAACACUUUCCAGAUUUUUGUAUUUUGUUCAAAAGCAUUAUUGUCCAUGUUUUCAUUGGCAGCUGCAAAAUAAUCAUAACUGAAUGUACCGGUAUUGAAAAUAAACCUGCAAAACCUU